AUGGAUUACUCAUACCUGAACUCCUAUGACUCCUGCAUGGCGGCCAUGGAAGCGUCGGCCUACGCGGACUUCAGCUCCUGCAGUCAGGCCAGCUCCUUCCAGUACAACCCGAUCCGGAGCGGCCCUUUCUCCAACCCUGGCUGCACUCCCCUCAGCACGACCAGCUGCACGCUGGGAGCCCUGCGAGAGCACCAGCCCACACCUUACUCCUCAGUCCCUUACAAGUUCUUCUCGGACCCAUCUGGCCUGAACGAGAAGAGGAAGCAGCGGCGCAUCAGGACCACGUUCACCAGCUCCCAGCUGAAGGAGCUGGAGCGCGUGUUCGCAGAGACGCACUACCCGGACAUCUACACCCGGGAGGAGCUGGCGCUGAAGAUAGACCUGACCGAGGCCCGAGUACAGGUGUGCCAUCAGGCUUUUAAAUCUUCAGCACGACCUGUGUAUCCGCCUAAUGCCCCGUCUUCACCUGUGUAUGUGUGUUUCUGUCAGGUGUGGUUUCAGAACAGACGUGCCAAGUUCCGUAAGCAGGAGCGUGCAGCCAACGCCAAAGCCAACAGCUCUGCUGGCACCACAGGAAGCAGCACCAACAACAGCUCUGGAGGGAAAAAGGGCGGGGAGCCAAGAUCUUCAUCAGAUGAUGAUGAGUCUAAAGAGUCCACCUGUAGCCCCACACCUGACAGCACGGCCUCCCUGCCGGGCUCAGCCAAUGGAAACUUGGGGAGCCCUGCCAGUCUGAGCCCUAGUCCGGCUCCUGCCAACAGCAGCUACACCAACACCUCCAGCUCUCCGGUUCUCCAGGGGCUGAAGCCUCCCAGCUGGUCCAGUCUGGGGCCCUCCAACCCGGCCGUGGCGCAGCCCGCUGCCCAGACUCAGGAGAUUCUGAAGGCCUGGCAGCCAGCGGACAGUAUGACCGGGCCCUUUGCCGGAGUCCUGUCCUCUUUCCACAGAAAACCCAAUCCCACCAUCAAGACGAAUCUGUUCUGA